ACUGGCUGAUCUGCACUGAGUACGGAGUACUAAAGAGACAUCCAUCCCCCGGUGGGCUCAGGGUUCGCAUUAUGAGUUGUGUUAUGGACCGAACCUUAAGGACUAACUGAAACUAAACCAGACACCCAUCGCUUGUGCUCGUCGUUUAAAGUCAUCCCAUCCCCCGUCCAAUCCAUAUCUUGGGACCUCCUCUUGCAGCGCUCCCAUUAUUGAUUGUGUUGAUUGAGAUUUCACAAUCCGCGAUUGUGUCUCUUUGUUCAACUCCAAAUUGUCUUUUGGUCCGAUCGUGCGACGUCAUUGCAACAACGAGCUUUUAGUGGCCGACCUCGGCACCCUUAUCUACAUUCCCCUUUGCCAUUGGAACGAGGUUCUUAACUGAACCGGGGAAAACACCUUCACGAUGUCGUACGUCCCCAAUUACGCCUGGACGGGAGCGCCAACCGUAUACAAUGGCACAGGAACCACCGGCGGGGACUCAGGUAUGGAUUGACACCUUUGGUUCUCUGCACAUGACAUUGAGAAACAUGCAACCGACGGGGAAAAGGCACCAAAACUGACUCAUGAAAAAUUAUAGCAACGACGAACUUGAAUCAAUGGUAUUCCUCCGGUGAUCAAGCAUAUAUUUUGAUAUCAGCAUGUAUGGUCUUGAUUAUGGUGCCGGGCCUGGGCUUUCUAUACUCAGGCCUCGCACGACGCAAGUCUGCACUGUCCAUGAUCUGGGCGUGUAUGGGCUCCUUUUCCAUAAUGACGUUCCAAUGGUACUUCUGGGGUUAUUCUCUUGCGUUUAGUUCCUCGGCCACAAAUGGAUUCAUUGGAAACCUCAAACAUUUUGGUUUGUUAGGGACAUUGGGAACUCCUUCGCCAGGGUCCCCACUCAUCCCGGAACUAUUAUACUCCUUCUAUCAGGUAGGCUUUUCGAAUGGCGAGGGGUCAAGAGAGUAUUGCUAACCUACUAUCCAGAUGCAAUUCGCUGCUGUCACGGCCGCAAUUGUUAUGGGUGCCGUUGCUGAGCGAGGUCGUCUAAUUCCUGCCAUGGUUUUCACAUUCUGCUGGGCAACCAUAGUCUACUGUCCGAUUGCAUGUUGGGUGUGGAACGUCAAUGGAUGGGCUUUCAAGUAUGGUGUUCUCGAUUAUGCUGGAGGUGGCCCUGUCGAAAUCUGCUCUGGUUUUUCGGCCCUUGCAUAUUCAAUGGUCCUCGGAAGACGCCAAGAGAAAAUGAUGUUGAACUUUAGACCACACAACGUUUCUCUCAUCACACUCGGUACAAUUCUCCUUUGGUUCGGAUGGUUGGGAUUCAAUGGAGGAUCUGCUUUUGGAGCUAAUCUCCGUGCUGUCAUGGCCUGCUGGAACUCUGUAAGCACUUCCCAUGAUGUUUUGGUCUACCCGAUGUACUGACACUUCAAUAGUGCUUGACUGCCAUGUUUGGAGCCAUCACUUGGUGUCUUCUCGAUUAUCGUCUCGCGAGGAAAUGGUCUAUGGUUGGAUGGUGCUCAGGAACUAUUUCCGGGCUCGUAGCUGCCACUCCAGCGUCUGGUUUCAUUCCUCCUUGGGCAUCCAUCAUUCUCGGAGUUGUUGCUGGUCUUGUUUGCAAUUUUUCCACCAAGAGUAUGUCAAUGAGUAUUACUGUGUAUGAUGCAAAGAUUUACUAACAUAUUAAUAGUCAAGUUCUGGAUUCGAAUUGAUGAUAGUAUGGAUGUCCUCGCUGAGCACGCUAUCGCCGGUAUAGUUGGUCUUGUUUUCAAUGCUCUUUUCGGAGCCGAUUACAUUAUUGGGCUCGACGGUGUCAACACUGGUAUCAUCAAUGGUGGCUGGUUGAACCACAACUACAAGCAACUUUACAUCCAAGUCGCUUACAUUGUCGCCUGCAUCGGAUACUCCUUCGUCGUCUCCGCAUUUCUCGCGUACGCCAUCAACUUCAUUCCCGGCCUUCACCUCCGCGCAUCCGAAGAGGCUGAACUCCUCGGUAUGGACGAUGACCAACUCGGAGAAUUUGCCUACGAUUAUGUUGAGGUUCGAAGAGAUUACCUCGCCUGGACUCCAGCCAAGGAUGAGCCAGAGAGAACCGAAAGCAACGUCAACCCAAGCGACCGCCACGGAAUCCCACAGCACAGUGAGAUGAUCAACGGACAAUCUCCAGUGCCCGAUUCUCCUGCUUACACCGGAAUUGGUGGAGAUCGUCAUGGUAUCGCUGCUGAGAACGAGAUGAAGGAGAAGAGGCGCGAGCAAUAACCACAAUGAGGAAUCUCGCCAGAUUGAAACGAACAUUUCUUUGCUCAUUUUUUAAACAGUUUCUUUUUUGGAUAACUAUGAUGGAUUGGAUUCUUUUUUUCUUCUGUUACGCAUGGAGUUGGUGUGUUGGGGGGAGCGAUAUCCCGGUGGAUCUCUGUGGGAAAAAGACCACCUGCUUUUCUAAUUUAUCGCCGACUUUGCACUAGUCUAGCUUUCUAUUUCUUCUCUUAUCAAAUGUAUACCAAAGCUUUAAUUAAGAACAUAUGUCUCUAUUGAUACGAAUACAAUACAAUUUCCGAAUCUUAUCUCUUCUUCCAUGUGAAUGCCAGUCC